AUGGAUCCAAAUAAUAUUCAUAGUCAGAGCUCUAGUUUAUUAGGACUGCUUCAGAGUCAACAAGGGAGCGUUUACCAUGGUGGUAUUAACUUUGGUGAUUCUCAACCUAUCCCGUCAUUCAGUUCACAACCAUCUCAAGUACCACCAGUGCCCCGUGGUGUUAGACGCAAAUGGGACCCGGCUGAUGACGAGGUGUUGAUCAAAGAUGGUGAGAGAGAACCCGGGCAAUGCAAGAAAAGGUGGCAUAGAAUAAACGAUGACGUUAACAAGUUUUGUGCCGCAUACUCCGCAGCAGAGAGACAGCAUAGAAGUGGUGAGAGUGACACUGAUCUUCUAAAGAAGGCGCAUGAGAUCUUCUUUGCUGAUCAAGCUAAGAAGUUUACUCUUGAACAUGCGUGGUGUACGUUGAGAUUUGAACAGAAGUGGCUUUCCCUUAACGCACCUAAAGCUGGCAACGGUGGGAAGAGGAAGAAUGUUGAGACAACGACACAACCUUCCACCACCGACGGUGUCGUUGAUGCUGAGCGGAGGCCAGAAGGAAUCAAAGCUGCUAAGGCUAGAAGAAAUGGUGGUAAAGGAAAGUCAGUGUCAGACUAUGCGAGUGUUUGGGAAAUGAAGAAGGAGGACUGGGAAAUGAAGAAGGAGGACUUGGAGAGGAAGGAGAGACUGUCGAAGUUAGCUAUACUUGACACUCUCCUGGCCAGGACUCAACCAUUGAGUGAGGCUGAAGAAGAUGUGAAGAAUAGGCUCUUAGCGGAGUGUUUCUGA